UGUGUUUUUUCCGAGUGUCUGAUUUGCAGCUCCAUCCAUGUUUUCUAUUUCCCAUGGUCGAUUGAUACUCUGGCCAAGUAGAAUUGUACUUGUGGUUGGAUUACCCUACUGUUCAGGGCUUUCACUCUUAAGUCAAUUCCAAGAACAUUACCACUGUGUAUCUAGCUAGGGCUUUCUCUCAAUUCGAUUCGCCUUGGAUUACUCUCUUCCUCUCUGGAAAACAAUUCUCUCUCACUCUCUCUCUCUCUCUCUCUCUCUCUCUCUCUCUCCAAAAUUCGUAUUUUCUCACUGCUGUUCGAAAAUCGCCUUCUCAACAAGAAAACCCUAAUUCAAAUGGCUGCACGGAGAGGAGAAUCGGAAGGUAUUAAUCUAAUCUCCUCUACAUACUCUGACGAUGACGACGAAAUGGAAGAUAUGGAACACCUAGAACCCCCAAACGAUGACGCCAAUGAUAACAAGGAUUUGAACAACGAAGAUGAUUCCAAGAACAACACGAGCGAAGAGAGAGUCGUUGAUUCGGCUAAUGAUGACACACCACCACUGUCCAAUGACGAUUCAACCCCAAAACCAACCACCAAUUCUCGGCCUCUAACUCCAUAUCUCUCAUCGCCGCCACCGCCGCAACAACUGGUUCUGAUGGAAUCGAGUAGAACUGUAAUGCAUAGGCUAACUAUUGUGGAUUAUGGCCAUGACGAAGUCGCAUUGUCUCCUGAAGCUGAGGAGGGAGAGAUAGUGGGCACUGGUGCUGUCAUGAUUAGUUCGCAGCUUCAAACAACUAAUGUUGACGUUCAUGAAAAAACGCCUCCUGGAACUGCCUUGGUUGUAACACCUAGCAGUCAGGCUACUACUCCUCAAUUAUCUGAACAACUGGACACAUCAGAGUCUCACCCAAUGAACUAUGCUGUGAAUGAAUCAGAAACUACUGUGAUCGAGGAAACAGUUACAGUUUCUGUGGAAUUUCCUAAGGAUGUUGAUUCGUUGGACAGGUUUCUUCCCCCACCACCAAAGGCUAAGUGCUCUGAUGAACUGCAAGAGAAAAUUAACAAAUUUCUUUACCUAAAGCGACUUGGCAAAAGCUACAAUGCAGAAGUGCGUAAUAAAAAGGAGUAUCGAAAUCCUGACUUCUUGCUUCAUGCAGUGACAUAUCAAGAUAUUGAUCAGAUAGGUUCUUGCUUCAGUAAAGAUGUAUUCGACCCCCAUGGAUAUGACAAAAGCGACUACUAUGAUGAAAUAGAAGAGGUUGAUAUGAAGCGUGAAAUGGAGAGGAAGGAACAAGAAAAGAAGAAGAAUCAAAAGGUUGAAUUUGUUACAGGAGGAACACAACCUGGAGUGGUUGCACAGGCACCAAAAAUUAAUAUUCCAAUUCCAGGUGCAUCAACUGUGGCUUCUGGUGGGUUGCAUCCAGUUCCAGCCGCAGUUGAUUCCGUGGCUCGGGAUGGCAGGCAAAAUAAGAAGUCAAAGUGGGAUAAGGUGGAUGGUGAUCGAAGAAAUCUGCUGCCUCCUGGAGGGCAGGAUUCUGUAUCUGCAGCUGGCGCACAUGCAGCAUUCUUAAGUGCUGCUAAUGCUGGUACUGGAUACACUGCUUUCGCGCAACAAAGACGAAGGGAAGCAGAGGAGAAAAGAUCUAGCGAAAGGAAGAUGGACAGAAGAUCGUGAGCCAUUAAUUUUACACCUUGACAGUGAAAGUGUUGCGCGCCUAUGUGACAGUGGAUGGAAUGGCUGCUCUCAGAAAUUACUGUAGGUUUGCACUGUACUUUUGUAUAUGCGCAUAACGAAAUGCUGUAUCUAUUGUUUGCUAAUUCCUAGGUAUUAAAUAUGUCACUGGAAUAGCAAAAUGCCUGUUUAAAUGCGCAAAUUGCUUUCUAUUCACUUUCUUCUUCUAGCUAAUUGCAUUAUCUUUUGAUUUAUUCUU